UGAAAAGUUUGGAAGGCGAAAGGGAUUACUUGUAAAUGGAAAAAUUAGACACUUCUGGGAUUGCUUAUAAAAGACUACUCGAAGAAAGGAAGAAUUGGAGAAAGGAUCAUCCACAUGGAUUUUAUGCAAGACCAAAAGUUUCCAGCGAUGGGAGAGGUUUUGAUUUAUUCGCUUGGGAAUGUGGCAUCCCCGGCCGCAAAGGGACCCUAUGGGAGGGCGGAAUGUACCGAUUAGACGUUACUUUUGGACCUGAUUAUCCGUCCAUGCCGCCUAAUUGCCGCUUCAACCCGCCAAUCUACCAUCCGAACGUAUUUCCUUCCGGAACGGUUUGCUUGUCGUUACUUAACGCCGAAAAGGACUGGCGCCCGGCAGUUACUAUUAAGCAAAUUUUAUUGGGAAUUCAAGCUCUUUUAGAAGAACCGAAUGCUAGAGAUCCGGCUCAAGCCGUUGCAUAUGAACAAUACACUAAAGAUAGAGAAUUGUAUAACCAACGGAUUCGGACUCAGGCGUUAUUGAUGGCUCAAUAUGAUUAAAAAAUUUGAAUUGUGGAGCA